AAGAAACGGUUAAACGUAAAUAAAUAGGAAAUGGCGCGCUACCACAUCGUGACUAGAGUAGAUAUUAGAUAUCAUUAUUUCGACUAGACCAUUUGGCAUUUAUAUCUAGAGAUCUACAAGCCUAGAUUUAGAUCUAGAUCUAGACCUAAAUUAAAAAGAUUUCGAGACCUAUUGAUAAGAAUCUAUCCUUGCCAAUAAUCUAGAUUAUUCUAGAUCUAAUUCUAGAUCAGAUCUAGACCUAGAUCUAAGAUCUAGAUCUUAGAGUCUAGAGAAAUCUUGAUCUAGAAUCUAUUCUAGAUUUUCUAGAAUUAGAAUAUAAUAUUAUAUAGAUUCUAGAAUCUAGAUCUAUAUCUAGCUCACUGCUAAGUUAAGACCAUCCACUUAUUGCAGAGCAAAAAUGGAUAUAAGGAAUUUUUUUGGAUCAAGCGUAGCACACGUAAAAAGUUCACAUAACAAGCAAAGAGUUGAAUCAGGCAAGCAAUCAGCCAGACAAGCAGUGAAGUGUCCUACACAGAAAGCGAGUGAGGACUUGGUAUCAGCCACAAGAAAGGGAUCUGCUAAACACUGCACAACAUUUGGAACUUCAUCUCAAAAUAAGUAUAGCUUUGAUGAAGAAAGUGAUGCAAUUGUAGUCAAUGAUGAUUCAGAUAGUGAAAUUAUUAAAAAUUCUCAAGACUCAUUUCAAGGUAAGAAAAAAAUGAAUGGAUUGAGUGUCAUUAAGGGUAGUAGCCAGAUUUCUAAAGACAAAAAUUCUAAAUGUGUUGGCAAAAUAAAUGAAUGGCAAAAUGAUGAAAAGAAUAGCAAGCAGUUAGAAAGGAAAAAAAGUGUAAAUAAGAAACAGAAUGAAAACAAAAGGAGGUCUCUGGAAGAGGAGUUAAUUGAAGUGGAAAGUGUCAAAUCUGGUUCCUCAAAGUCUGCCAAGCUCUCUUCUCAAGGGAGUGAGUCCAUUCAAGAAAAAAGAGGUGAGUCGACCAAUGCUGCAAGCAAUGACCAUCAAAUUGAGAUCAAAGCAAAUCCCAAAAAGAGAGCCCAAAAAAGGAAGCUAUCAGGUGAAGAAGAAAUAUCAGAGUUAAGCAGUAGUGAUGCUGAUGAGUUCAUCAGCAGCAGAAGAAAAAAGGCUAGUUCCAGCAUGGUCAAGUCAUCUAAAAAAAAUAGAGUUCUAGACUCAGACUCUGAUGAAAAGCCACUGGUUAAAGAGAAAUCAAAAGGAAAAAAAGAGAAAAAAGAAUUACAAGAUGACUCUGGUUCUGAUGAAGAUCCACUUCCAAAGGAGAAACCAAAAGGCAGGCAGAGAAAGAAAGAAAACCAUACAAAUGACUCGGAUGAAGAAAGAAAACUGACAGCUUUGGAUAAGUUUGUCAUUCACAAGAGAAAUGUGAAGGGCUCAGCAGAAGCUCCUGUGAGAACACCUGUGAGUGUUGUUGACUUUUUUGGAUCAGGGAAUACAAGCAGGUGUCAGCGCACAACGGCCGUGAGCAAGCGUAAACAUGGGGAUACAGUGGAGAAGGAUGAUCAAGUAGACUUGACAUUUGAUGAGGAAUGUCAUGAUGAUGAGGAUUUUCUAAAGACACUCGACCAGUUAGAUGGACCAAAUGUUAAAAAAGUCAAAGUUGAAGAAGAAAACCCAGCACUAGCCACAGAAACCUCAAGUCUUGCUGACAAACUGGCAAGCAAGAUCAAACAAAGGGAAGAGCAUUGCGUGGCAAAUUUAAAGGAAGAAACACAGCCAGCAAGGGAACAUUUAAAAACAGGUUCUGGUAAGAAAAAGGUAAGCAAAAAAGAAAAGAUUUACACCAUGGAGGUAACCAAACCAGCUGACAAGGUCAAGGUUGAAUCACCACCACAAGAUGAGAUCAAAUUGACACCAGACACCAAACAUCUGAAAAUUCUAGCAACAACAAAGAGCCCUACAGAGUCAGCUGAUCUAGAUGAAAGUGGCUUUGGGAGAAAAGGAAUCUCAGGAUUUCAAGCAUUCAAAGCCAGGUCAGGACCAGCAGCCCUAGGCUCUAAAGACAUCCCAGAGGGAGCUGAGAAUUGUCUAGAAGGCUUGACCUUUGUUAUCACUGGAGUCUUGGACUCCAUUGAAAGAGAUGAAGCCAAGUCGCUGAUAGAGAGGCAUGGAGGAAAGGUGACAGCUAGCAUCAGUGGCAGGACCAGCUUUCUUGUUGUAGGCAGGGAGCCAGGUCAGAGUAAAAUAACAAAGGGUAACCAGCUGAAAGUCAAGCAAGUAGAUGAAGAUCAGCUCUUUGAUCUUAUCCGAUCCUUGCCUGGCAAAGUUUCCAAGUAUGAAAUUCAAGCCAAAGAUCAAAUUAAAAAGGAGUCUUUGAUAAAAGAUACUCAUUAUGAAGGAGUAGGUAAGCAUUCAAAAACUUUGAAGUUUGACGAAGCUACACCAUCAGGACCUGCCAAGUGUUUAUUUACUCAAAUCAAAAGCACUCCACAAACCAGUUCAGCUGAUGUAUCUCCUCCAUUAAACAAAGCAGACGGCCCCAGUUGCCCUGAGAGUUUGCUGUGGGUGGACAAACACAAGCCCACCUCACUCAAGAAUAUCAUUGGCCAACAAGGGGAGAAAAGUAAUGCCAGAAAGCUGCUUCACUGGCUGACUGCCUGGCAUGAGAACAUCAUUGUUAAAAGACUUAAGGCUUCAGCAAGUUUUUUUGCUGGGGGUAAAGGAGAUGGGUCAGGUAACAGAGCUGCGCUUCUUUCUGGACCCCCCGGGAUUGGGAAAACUACAACUGCUACACUAGUCUGUAAGGAAGCCAAAUUUUCCUAUGUGGAACUCAAUGCCUCAGACUGUAGAAGCAAACGAAGUCUGAAAGAAGUGGUCUCUGAAUCUUUGAAUAACCAGACUCUAAUAGACUACAUGGGAGAGAACUGUUCUAACACAGGCCAGAGACAUUGCCUCAUUAUGGAUGAAGUGGAUGGGAUGGCUGGUAAUGAGGACAGAGGUGGUCUCAAUGAACUGGUACAAUUGAUAAAAAGCACAAAGAUACCUAUCAUCUGUAUUUGCAAUGAUCGCAACUCAGUGAAGAUGCGUUCCUUGUCUAACUACUGCCUAGACCUGCGGUUUACACGUCCAAAAGUUGAGCAGAUCAAGGGGGCCAUGAUGUCCCUUGCAUUCAAAGAAGGGGUUAAAGUCCCGCCUGCUGCAUUGAAUGAAAUUAUUUUAGCCUCAAACCACGACAUCAGACAGAUUAUUCACAACCUGUCUAUGUGGAGUGUAUCUGACAAAAAUCUCACAUUUGACCAAGUGAAGAUGGAUUCUUCCAAAGCACAAAAAGAUGUCAAAUUGGGUCCAUUUGAUGUGUGUCGUAAAGUUUUUGUCAGCGAUGAAGAGACCAGAAAGAUGAGCCUGACUGAGAAAGCUGAUCUGUUUUUCCAUGACUACAGCUUUGGUCCCCUUUUUGUCCAUGAGAAUUAUCCCAGCGUCAUCCCAUUCAAUGCCAAAGGGAAUCACUCUAGGCACAUGUCCUGUUUGGCCAGAACAAUUGACAGUAUUUGUGAUGGAGAUAUGGUAGAGAAACUAGUAAGAAAAGAUGGCAACUGGUCUUUGUUACCCACACAGGCAAUGUAUUCCAGUGUCAUCCCAGGUGAGCUCAUGCGAGGCAGUUUUCCUGCAAUGACAUCUUUUCCCCAGUGGCUGGGCAAGUUUUCCAGCACCUCAAAAACCAGCAGGAUCCUUCAGGAGCUCAACAUGCAUAUGAGAUUAGUAACAUCAUGUGACAAGCAAAGUCUUAACAUGGAUUAUCUUCCCACACUCCGUUCUUGCCUGACCUCUCCACUGGUCACCAAAGCUACUGAUGGAGUGUCUGAGGUCAUCAAGGUCAUGGAUGACUAUGACAUCAUCAAGGAUGACUUUGACAAUAUUCUAGAGGUCACCAAAUGGCCAAAUAGCCUUGACCCCAUGUCUAAGCUAGACUCUAAGACAAAGGCAGCUUUCACCCGGCGCUACAACAAAGAAAUUCAUUUGACGCCUUAUGCCACUGGCACAGUGAGUAAAAGAAAAAUACGAGGGACAGCUAUGGUGGAGGAGGAAGUGUUUGAGGAAGACGGAGGGGAGGAGAGGAUUGCUGAAAGUGAAAAGGAGGAAGACGAGGACAUAGAGCAGGACACAAUGAUUAAGACUAAAAAUCCAGGAAAACUGCAACACAGAGCAGCUGGUGGAUCACAGAAAAGUGGAUCACAGAAAAUUGGAUCACAAAAAGGUGGAUCUGGUCAGAAAACAGGGAAAAAACCGGGUCGCGGGGUCAGCAAGCAGAAUAAUUCUGGAAGAUAAUUGACAAUUCUUUCAUUUGUGUUGCCAUCAUUUAUGGACAAAAAAAUAUUAAAACUAUUCACUAGUUAUCAUAAUUACGUG